AUGGAUUCUCGAGCAACAGAGCCAGCGCCUCCGCGAAGACCAUACCGGUCCAGACGACGUCGACCGUGCGAUGUAUGUCGUCGACGAAAGCAGUCGUGUCGCAUCGAAGGAGCUUCUCCAUGCACAACCUGUCGCACAUUAGGAACCCCUUGUACAUUUAAUGAUCCCCCAUGUCAGAGACGUCGGCAGGUAGUUCGCGUCUCAGCGGUUGCCAACCAGCCAGAUGAGCUCCAUGCUGCAUCUCAGCAGGAACCAACAUGGCCAAUCGACGAUGGACUACCCUUGCCGCUGGAGUCGAUUGAUGCGACCCUAUUUGCCUCUCACGAUAGCUUGUGGCGUGCACCGUUCUCCCCGAGUGAACUAUUCCCUCUGGAGGAAGUACUACCAAACAUAUCGCGCGAUCCUGCUGUCAACCGCCCCGUAGAGCCUUGGUCCCAGUCCGAGAAAUCCAACAACCCUGCUACUACUGUUCCUCUAGCCGCACGAAAUCAGUGGGCAGAAAACCAUGAAGAAGAAUCAUUUUCUUCCGGACAAUCACCUUCGAGUGGCUCUGAACGAGAUCCAGAUGAAAUGACACAACCAUCGCUACCAGUGAAGUCGUUGGAUCACAUAGAAGGCUUUGCUACGCAAUACCUUGGGCUUUCAGCAGAUAUGGAUCCAUAUUUGCUACGUGAUCUUCAGCGUGACGAUGGCGCUUCUAGGUUCCCGAAAUUUCCCUACCGUGGAAUACAGUCUGGAGAUGCCAUCGCUGAGACAGAGCAAAUCCCAGUCCAGUUCGUUCUCAAUAGCACGCAUGCCCGCACUGAUCCACAUAAUUCCAAUGCGCAACAUGUUCUUGACCCGGAAGCAGCCGCUCAAAAUAAGCUUGACGCCAUCGUAUGUCCUGAAACUGGCGUUAGACUCAUGAGCCUGUUCCUUCGAUUUGUAUUCCCUAGCUUCCCUGUUCUCUCGAGGACCCGGCUCGACUUAUCAGGGGAAAAGCUGGUUCCUCAAUUAAGCUGUUUAAGACUCACUCCGUCUUAUCUCCUCGCUGUUAUAUAUGCGUUGGCCCUACCAUUUUGGCGCCAAGACCCUCUACUUUGUGUUUCACAAUCUCACGCCAAUAUACCAGUGAAUGAAUUGAGAAAGAUCGCUCUAGAGGGGGUCUUGAGCGAAUCUCAAGUCCCAAAAUUGAGUGUACUGCAAGCGACACUGCUCUAUUUGCAGAUUACGGAACCAGGCGCGCCUACAAAAGCACCCGAGACACAUUUCCGUUGGUCACUAUUAGGUUUCGCAGUUUCUUUAUCCAAUACCCUUGGGCUUCACCUGGACUGUCUGUCUUGGCCCAUUCCGGCCUGGGAAAAGAGAUUAAGGCGACGUCUUUGGUGGAUUACCUUUUGCGACGCUACUUGGCGCAGCUUGCUUACGGGCUACACUAAUCCCAUCGUCGCGGACCAGUGGGAGGUAUCUCCUCUUUCCGAGCAAGAUUUUGUGAUUGACGACUUAAGUUGCCCUACGGAGGCGACAAGGCUCAAAGAAACUCCUGAACGAUGUGAGUUCUGUCACCGAGGGUACGAUUUUCUCUUCACCGCUGCCUUGUCUAUAAUCGCCUAUGAUGUCUAUACAUCAUUCUAUACUCUUCGAGCUACACGAAAAUGUGCCUCGGAUUUCAAGUUAUCUUUCGAAACGGCCAAAUCGCUGCUACAGAGAAUAGAAAACUGGGACAGGGAGGUUCCCUCAUAUCUUCGACGGGAUGCUGCUAGGCAACCUAUCGCAGUUAAAACCACUUUUCAUUCUUACUCGUCGGCUUAUCUGAGGCUGGCAUGCUUGACGCUUGAGGUUUUGGUUCAUAGGGCUGUAUUUCGGUCAAUGAAGACAGCUUCUGGCGGCCCGUCAAUAGAUUUGUUGCCAAACUCGGUUCAACCCCCUACUUGGCAACAGGAUUAUCUCCGGGAAGCAAGACACAAAGCCAAGACGACUCUGAUGAGGCUAAUAUCAUUUGCGCAAGGAUUGUCGUGUAAGGAUGCCAACUCAUUUUGGCACUCAUGGGCACGAGUAUGUUUUUCGGCAAUCUCAAACUUUAUUAUACUGCAACUUCUCAAGUCCUCAAAUCGCAACGAGGCUAAAGAGGCUAUAAUAAUACUGGACCAGUGGAGUGCCGUUCUUCGCGAGCAGUCAAUACUUUUCGAUCAAAUACACUCUGGUCUCCACCGUCUCGAUACCAUACUGCUAUCAGGAUUUGACAACUUGUUUUCAUGUCGAGGGUAUAUUCAGGAUGUGUUGCAAGAACGUGCUAAUGCGGAAUCUGAAAUACCAACAAAGCGUUAA